CCAGUUUGCGUUGAUAAACACGGAAGUGGGGCUGAAACGUGAAAACAAAUCUUUACCGCACCGCCUCACAAAGUGUUAUGACACAGUCAAUACCGAUUAUUUUUAUACGUGCACAAUCUUAGUUUACGUGAUUUCUGCUGUUAUUCUGAAUUAACCGUAAUUAUUUAUAGUUCUGCUGUAGAGUAGAUUAGCACAAUGAAGAACUGUAUUGCUGCUGUGAUAACACUAUGCAUUGUAAUGCAGGUGAAUGAUUCUUUGGAUUUCGAUAAAACGCGCACGGCAUAUUCUGCAAAGAUCUUUGGGUUCUCAUGGGAGAACUGCGGUAAGCCAGACGACCCAGCGGUUCUGAAGACCCUAGCCCUGUCCCCGGACCCCAUCACAGUUCCAGGGGAUCUGACGGCCAGUGCGUCCGGGAACACAACGGUCGAGCUGGCCGCUCCCCUCGCUGUGAAUGUGACGCUGGAGAAGGAGGUGGCAGGGUUCUGGGUCAAGGUCCCAUGUCUGGAAGAGAUAGGGAGCUGCCAUUACACAGACGGCUGUGAACUGCUCAACCAGCUGAUACCGCCAGGACAGGACUGUCCUGAACCUCUUCACACCUACGGCAUCCCCUGCCACUGUCCCUUUAAAGCUGGGGUAUACGCACUACCAGAGUCAGACUUCUACCUCCCUGACAUUGACCUGCCCUACUGGCUGACCAACGGACACUACAGGGUACAAGGAGUGCUGGGAGCUAUGGGAAAAGAACUGGGCUGCCUCAAAAUCAUCUUCUCUGUCCACUCUAAUAACUAAAUGAUGGAUAAAUGAUCUUCUCUGCCCACUCUAAUUAAAUGGUGGAUAAAUGACCUCUUCCCACUCUAAUUAAAUGGUGGAUAAAUGACCUUCUCUGCCCACUCUAAUUAAAUGGUGGAUAAAUGACCUUCUCUGCCCACUCUAAUUAAAUGGUGGAUAAAUGAUCUUCUCUGCCCACUCUAAUUACAUGGUGGAUAAAUGACCUUCUCUGCCCACUCUAAUUAAAUGGUGGAUAAAUGACCUUCUCUGCCCACUCUAAUUAAAUGGUGGAUAAAUGACCUUCUCUGCCCACUCUAAUUAAAUGGUGGAUAAAUGACCUUCUCUGCCCACUCUAAUUAAAUGGUGGAUAAAGGACCUUCUCUGCCCACUCUAAUUAAAUGGUGGAUAAAGGACCUUCUCUGCCCACUCUAAUUAAAUGGUGGAUAAAUUACCUUCUCUGCCCACUCUAAUUAAAUGGUGGAUACAGGGAACAUUAUGUACCAUUCAAUGAGCUGGUGUACUGACAUUUUGUCUACUUUAUUCUGAAGGGAACUUCUGCUCUGCUCUCAUCUCUUCUCAUCUCAUCCAGCCGCCAAUUGAGAACUGGGCCUGUAUACACAAAGCCUCUCAGAGUAGGAGUGCUGCUCAAGGAUCAGUUUUACCUUUACAAUCGUAAUGAAUAAGAGGGGGGGACCUGAUCCUAGAUCAGUACUUUAAAAGGCGUUGUGGAUACUGGCCCUGUACCAAACAAGCAGUAACAGCUGCAACUGUAGUAGUACUGUAGUGUAGGAUACGAUUCAGACUCACUUUCAGGUAAAACAGUUCAGUUGAGUGAUUUUUGCAUGGCUUCCUACUGUACUGCUAUGAACUUGUCAUAACCAGUAUGAUUCUUUUUCAUAAUGUUUUACACAAAUUUUUAUUAGAUUUCUUCUCAAGUGUGAAUGGCCGUGGGUAUGCUUCUAUUGGUCAUCGGCUUUUACCCUUGGUAAGGUACUGGUCACAUGACUAGCAGUUUUAGGAGUUUUUAAUUGUGACAUAGUCGUUUCUAGUUGAUGCUUACUGUGUCAUCAUUUUUGGUUCUAUGGGUCAUAAUGCUACUUCCUGUUGCUAGUGGUGACACUUCUGAUUUUACAACCCCUGGGAAUAUGUUGUUCUUCCUGUUGCUAGUGGUGACACUUCUGAUUUUACAACCCUUGGGAAUAUGUUGUACUUCCUGUUGAUGGUGUAUUGAUCUGUUUUUUUCUGAAGGUGUUUUAUUGUUGACAUGUUCAAAGUGCCUAAAUAAACCUGCUGGAAAGGAGAUCUGCGAAUCAGGUGGGACUGUGUGAUGUUUCAAAGGGAAAUGGAAUGAAAGCAGACAAUCAAUUCCCUCCCUCGUAUAAUACUGUACCAAUAGGCUAAUCCUAUUCUAUAACCAAUUAAAGUGUUGUAAGGAAGUGCACUAUCUUAAAUAAUAAUUCUAAUGAAAUGGUUAUCAAGUAUAGAAGUCUUAAGGAAUCAACAUGAAAAAUUGCAUCUUGAUUAUUUAGAAAUGACAUGCUUACUACUGUAACAAAUCAGCAUUAUGUUGGUAAAAACAUUUUUUUUUCUCAAUAAAAUAAUAUCCUAUGUU